AUGAUGAACUCUUCACAGGUUUCAUAUUUCACACUCACUGCCUACCUCGACAGCGGGGCUUUGAAAUAUUUAUAUUUCACAGUUGUUGCAUUUUUAUAUAUUGUUAUUGUUACUGCCAACGUCCUGCUGAUUGUGGUUAUCUGUGUGAACAGAAGCUUACAUGAACCUAUGUACAUGUUUCUGUGCAGCCUGUUUGUGAAUGAGCUGUAUGGUAGCACAGGGCUGUUUCCGUUCCUCCUGCUUCAGAUCCUCUCUGAUGUUCACACUGUUUCUGCUCCUCUGUGCUUCCUGCAGAUCUUCUGUCUCUACACGUAUGGACACGUAGAGUUUUGUAAUUUAGCCGUCAUGUCUUAUGACAGAUAUCUCGCUGUCUGUUAUCCCCUGCACUACAAAUCACAUAUGACAGAUAACAAAGUAGUUAUCUUCAUUGUUGUCAUAUGGUUGUACUCUUUUGUGAAAUUUACGAUCACGUUGUGUUUAACCCUCCAUCUGACGUGGUGUGGGAAAAUCAUCAAUGGGCUGUAUUGCCAUAACUACCUAGUUGUAAAGUUGGCAUGUUCAGACACCAACCUGAAUAAUCUUUUUGGGCUUUUUGGUAUUGUCAUCACUGUUUUAGUUCCUCUGCUUCCAAUCUUCUACUCCUACAUGAAAAUACUCAAAGUGUGUUUUUCUGGGUCCAGACAGAUGAGACGUAAAGCCGUCAGUACCUGUGUGCCUCACCUGGCCUCCCUCCUAAACUUUUCUUUUGGGUGUUUAUUUGAAAUACUCCAGAGCAGGUUUGAUACGACCAGUGUACCCAGUGCUCUGCGAAUCUUUCUGUCUCUGUAUUUCCUCAUCAUUCAACCGCUUUUGAAUCCGAUCAUGUAUGGGACACAAAUGUCUAAAAUAAGACAUGUGCUCACAGGGCUGUUUCCGUUCCUCCUGCUUCAGAUCCUCUCUGAUGUUCACACUGUUUCUGCUCCUCUGUGCUUCCUGCAGAUCUUCUGCGUUCACACUUAUGGAACUUCCAUGCAAGGUAUCCAUGCUCAUUGUUCUAACAUGGUUUUCCUCAUUUCUUGGAAUCAGUCUUUUGUGGCCUGUUCUGACACCACAGUCAAUAACAUCUAUGGACUUAUUUCCACUUCUCUCACCACCAUAUCCGCUGUCUCUCUAAUUCUCUACACCUACAUGAGGAUCCUUAAAGUCUGUUUUUCUGGAUCCAAACAGACGCGACAGAAAGCCAUCAGCACCUGCACGCCUCACCUCGCCUCACUGCUCAACUAUUCAUGCAUUUACUGUUAG